AUGUCCUACAGGAAGACUGACGGUUUAGUCAUGUUUUCAUUAGGCCCUUUUCUUCAACCAUUAUGGUCCACAUUCUACUUUCUCGUUUCCCCGAUACUUACCAGCCUCGUUGCGCCAGUCCAUGGCCCUACACACACCUCGGAGGAGUUAUAUGUCACCAAGGGCAAAAUUCUGGCCUUGGGGGGGGGGACUGGUAUCAUUCAACGCUUAUCGUCCAAUGCUGUCAUGCAAACGCCAAUUCCAAAUCCAUUUUGUAAAGCGGAAGAGGAGGAUCACCGCCGAAAUAUGCGUCUUGAGGCAAAGGUUUAUACGACAAUUGGGGAACACCUACAUGUGCCUAAGUUAAUUCACUGGGACGCAGAAAAUUGCUGUCUGACGAUGGAUAUACAGGCCACCAAAGCGCUAAUUCUGCUUCAUAGCUUUCAAGUUGCACACUGCGAUCUCUCACCAAGGAACAUCCUUCUCGACUCACAUCUUAAUAUCAAGAUUGCUGAUUUUGGUGGUGCUUCUCUGUGUGGUACGGAACCAUCGGCCACCUCGGCAACACGGUUUCGACACCCUGGUUAUGACUGGGAUUCUCCCCCGCUAUUUGGGGAUGAUAUAUUCAGUCUAGGGUCUUUAAUCUAUCUUAUUAUGACCGGCUCCUAUCCAUAUGAAGAUGUCAUUAGCGAUGAGGUUGAGAAACUCUUUGAGGCUCAUCAAUUUCCUGAUGUGUCUUCCUUGGUUUGUGGAACUAUUAUUCUGCAAUGUUGGCAUCGACAGGUCGACUCGGCUCAAGCUAUAUAUACCGAUCUCACAGCGAUUGAAACAGAACAUUCAGCAUGA